GUACAUGUGACGAAGCCUAAAGAAGUUGACCAAUAUAUGUAUAAUGAUUGUUCAGACAGCUAUGGAAUCAGCUUUGGUAACUGCUAUGACUCGCAUCAUGGGCGAGAAGGUGGCAAUUCUCAUCCGACGCAACAAGAACGUCAAGGAGAUAACUGAUAUUGAAGAGAAGAUGGAGAAGCUCAAGGAGUUGUUGAUGAUUGUUAACAUGGUGAUCCAAGAUGUCGAGUCCCGCCCUUUCACUUAUGAUGUGAAGAUCUUGUCAAGGAAGCUCAGGUACUUGGUCUACGAUCUAGAGGAUGUUGUGGAUUGCUAUGACACUGAAGUCUUGCGCAAGCAGAGAUCAAGAGCUUCUUUUAGGUCGGUGCAUGAUUUCUUCUCUUCUAAUAACCAAAUUUUGUUUAGGAGUAGGCUAGGCAGCAUGAUAAAAGCUGUAACAGAUAGUCUGGAUUCAAUUUUACUGCAAAAGUCAAAGCUUUUGAAUUUGUCACAAGGCAAUUUCUACAUAUCACCAAGUGACUACAAAACGACGCAUUCCAGUAUUAGCUCAGACAUUAUGGGCAGGGAAACAGAGAAGCAGAGAAUUGUCGACUUGUUAACUGAUGAUGAUGAUGUCGAAAACAACCAAGAUACCAUGAAGGUCAUCGCCAUCGUUGGGAUGGGUGGCCUGGGGAAGACUAGACUUGCUCAGCUUGUUUUCAAUGAUGAGAAGGUAAAAGCUCAUUUUGCAAGCUGGAGAAUGUGGACAGUUAUUGGGAUGGAAUUUGAUCCCACAAAGAUAAUGAAGUCUAUUUUAGAACAGGCUACUAAUGCACCGUCCACCGUCACAGAAAUAAAUUCAGUGAGGCAGAAGCUCGAACAUACAUUAUCAGGGAAACGAUUUCUGCUCGUGUUGGAUGAUGUAUGGAAUGAAGAUGCAACACGAUGGGGUGAACUGAGAGCAGCCUUAACAUGUGGGGCAAGAGGAAGUAAAAUUUUAGUGACAAGUCGUAGCCUACAUGUCUCUUCGAUAAUGAACUCAUUCAUUACCCACCAAAUACAACAGUUGCCCCCAGAUGAUUGUCUGCCCUUGUUUCAACAAUUUGCUUUUGGAGAUGAAGAAAAGGAUCAAAAGUUGAUGGACAUUGGCAGAAAGAUUGUUGAGAAAUGUGGUGGUGUGCCCUUGGCUAUCAUAUCCCUUGGCAGCAUGCUUCACAACAUUCAAGAUGAAACUCAUUGGUCCUCGGUAUUGAACAGUAAAAUAUGGCAGCUCAGAGAUGAGGAACAAAAAGUGUUAGCUGCGCUAAAAUGGAGCUACGACACUCUCCCUCCACAGUCAAAGAAGUGCUUUGCAUUUGCCUCCCUAUUCCCAAAGGGCUAUACGAUCGAAAAGGAUGAAUUGGUAAGAUUGUGGAUGGCAAAUGGUUUUGUACAAUCAGAAGGAAAUGUCGAUGCUAAAACAAUGGGCAACCGUGUCUUUGAUGAUCUAGUACUGAGGUCAUUCUUUCUCUUGACACCUUCCAAGGAGCAUGAUUUUGGAGAUGAUAGUCAUGUAACCAAGUGCAUGAUGCAUGAUUUGAUGCAUGACCUGGCACGAUCAGUGUCUGGAGAUGUAUAUUGGAAUGUUAAAGAAGACUUGGUGACAGAUAUUGGAAACAGAACAUAUCAUUUGCUCUUAUAUGUUAAAAAUUUAUCAAAUGCUUACCAGGCCUUACUCAGAAAGCCAUUGUACUUGCGCACCCUUAUAUUGAGUGAUUGCUAUUUGUAUCUGAAUGCAAAUCUACUUGAAAUCAUCUUCUCAGAACUGAAAUUCUUGAGGGUGUUAGAUUUAAGCAGUAAUAAGAUCAAGAAGGUGCCAAAAUCAAUAGGAAAUCUGAUACAGUUGAGGUACCUCAACUUAUCUAGGAACAAUAUUGAAGUUCUACCCAACUCCAUAACCCUUCUCCACAAUUUACAGUAUCUCAAUCUUAGUUGGAAUGAGGAACUUCAAGAGCUACCGAAAGAGUUAAGGAGCAUGUGCAACAUAAAUGCAUUUGUAAUUCAAAUGUGAUAAUAGUGACAGAUUUGCAAGCUGAGGGUCAAGACUGGGCAUGAUAUCUUAGUUGUUGCUCAAAGGUGUGUAUGUAGCCUCUUAUGAAGUC